UACCUUCAAUCUCGUUCUUUAUUUUGCAAAAACCUUUGCUCAUUCGUAGUUUCAUAUUUUCAAAGAAUUUCUUGAAAACCGUAUGCUUCCUACUUUUGUUUUGAUCAAAGCUAGGCCAUUUCUGUCCUCAUUAUUUCGAUUUUCCAAACCUCGCGGCCUGACAACUUUACCGCAGCAGGAUAGAAUUACAAGCAAUUGCCAGUUGGAUAUAGUUGUCUAGCCUUUCAACUACAGUUGCUCAUGUAACAUUUUAACCAUCAAUUGGGCGGUAACCAGUGGAAUGUAUUAUUAAUGCGUCCAUUGUUCAAUGUGCCAAAUUGUUACUAUGGAAAAUAGUUAAACUGACUUUGUUUGACAACAUUCAAUCGACAAUCAGGUACUCGUACGCGUCGCUGACCUUUGCUCACAAUGUUUCCGCUUCCUCAGUAUAUCAAAACAGACUCGAACCUUAUCGAUACAAAUUAUACACUUUAGAUUAACUUUUACAAUUUUAAAAAUGGACCGUGUUAAUAAAUAUGCUUGUAAUAAAGAUACUGUUUAUAAACAUCGUUUUUUCAUUACAACGAAAAUCUUACAUUCUAACUCGCUUGGAAAGCUUUAUGAAAAGAGUAUUUGAUAUUGAAUAUAUGCAUUUUAGGCUUCAUCUCCUCCGACAUGGGAAGACAUGGCACAUGCUAAAACUUUUUAAAAUUCAACGCCUACUUAUAUUUGCAUUUUUGGUUUCCAAGUAUUCAUUACUUAUUAAUAUAUUUGCCAUUCUCAAGAUUCUAUCUGUUAGAAAAAAAGUAGGAAGUUGUGAAUUAUUAACGGUUUGAAAUCUAUGGAGACCCUUUUUCGGCCUUGAUAUACCAAUUGUUCUACAAGAAGGAACUGUGGAAACAUGAAGAAUAGUUGAACCACGAAAGCAUUGAUUUGAGUUCAGGGGGGGCUUCAGAUCUUCCCUAGUAAUUCCAAAAGUGUCUAAAACUAUGCAUUGAACCAUCAUGCUCAUUUUAACCCCCCCUCUCUCUAAUCCCCAACAGCCCCAAAGGUGUCUACCGUAAUUCUUGUUGAGAAACACUAAAUUGUCAGGAAACUUAAUGGUACAUGGUACCUAUUGUUGUAGUAUAUUCUAGUCACUGGGAUUAAUCCAGUAAUAGAAAAAUCAGCCCUAUUUAAACCAAUGCACACAGGGCUUUGAUCUUUUAUUUCAAAUAAUCUCUGUGAAAAGAGCUAAUCGCAAUGAAAUCUGAUUAAUAGAAUUGGUCUGCUUUUAAUGAAGCUAACUUGAUUUACAAAUUAUUCAGUGUGAAGAAAUUUCACAAAGGCAAUCACAAAAUUGUUUUGCUGCUGCAGGUCCUAGCUAGUUAUAGCACCAAGCAGAUCUUAAUAUCCAUCAGAGAGCUUAUGCUCCUACCAGCAAUUUAUUAAGAAGACCUGGUAGUUUAUACUUUUAAAAACUGAUAUUUUUAUAGGAAAAGCUUGUGAAAUAUUAUGCAAAGAAUGAUAAGGCCCAAAUACUAGGGCUGCUUGAUGGGUUGGACUCCAAAAAUGUUUGCAACUACAUUGAAACAAAUUGAGAAUAAAGGCUCCAUCAGAGCAAAUAAAUUUCUUAAGAAUAAAUGCUGUGUUAAGUAUAUUUAAAAUUUAAUAAAGUAAUUUUAAAAUAUUAAAAAUGUUUGUUAUACAACCAUAAAAUGUUAUCCACAAAACACCUUUUGUAGCCCUGCCAUAGGUCAACAAGAUAAAACACCAAGAAUGUGCAAAAUGUACAAUAUCAACAUACAUCAGUAAAUUGAUUAGUUAAUGUGUUCUUUUAUUUAGAUUUGCUGAAGUAUGUGUACAUAAGAACAGAAUUAUCAUUUUUUGUUUUUUGCUAGUAAGAGUCUCAUGCUGCUGAACGAGCCAAACAUCAUAAGCUUGAUAUAGUACGACUUUAGUCCAUUGUUUUAUAUCAAAUUGAACUUUAAACUGUAAACUUCUAAAUAUAUGCACAGAAAUAGUGCCUUUGUGUGUCACAAGCUUCAAUAUCUUGUCUCAUGAUUUCUCGGCAUACUUUGAAAAGUCACUUUAAAAAUUUUUCUUAAAAUUAUUAAUACAGAAGAUCUCAGCAUACUUUUUUGAUAAAUAUUUUGAUUGUUUCUCGAGGAAUUUUUGUUUCGAAAUGAUAUAGGCAAAUUGUUAGGGGCUAGAAAAAUUUCAGUACAUUCGAUAAUAGGUGGUAUUUUUUUGCUGUUGUUUGGUUCCAAAUAAACCACAAAGUCCUGAUAUCCCCUUUCAAGAUAAGAUGCUCAACCUCAACCUAGAACUUGCCAUGUGCCUAGAAAGUUCUACUAGCUAGAUUAAGUGCCAAUUCUUCCCAAUUAGCCCUAGUUCUGUUGCCCAUCAGUCACAAAGUCCUGUGAGAUGUUACAAUACUUUGUGAGGCCCCCUAGACCUCGAGGCCUUUAGACAAUUUGCCCUCCUUGCCCCCCACUCUCUUCUCGGCCGCGGACCUAAUGUAUAAAACCUGUUAAACUGUUUCAGAUUUCCUGAGAUUUGGCAAAGACUUCAUCACUCUAUUGGAACAGAGGCUUUGAGAGGCGCAUUCCCCCCUAGUUUUCAAAAGCCCCCUAUUUCUCCCAUUACCUUGGCUCUUGACCCAUCUAACGGGCUAGGACCGAAUUCUUUUUAUCCGGAUAUAAAAGAGAAUUGAAGCUAAGCCUCUCCAUUCAUGUUGGGAGAAUAAAUACCCUGGUUCCCGUUUGUAUUUGUAUGCAAGAAUAAGAAGAUGCACGGAUUACCUGCGUGAAUUGUUUAUGGCUGCAAAGAUUUGCCUGUACGAACGCAAGCAAGACAAACAAUCCUGCUUUUGUUUACAAUCGCACGUUAAUCAUUUUUUCAUGAUUUCCUUUGCCUCCUUAUUAACGUUUUGUAUAGGACUCAAAUUAUGCAUAUCAUUGUAUGGGAAAUUUCAGUUGCUGUGUUGAUGUGUUUUGACUGAAAUAAACUCAAUUUUGGUUUGCGUUUGUUUAUUCACGCGCACAUGUGUGUUUCUGACAUCAUUGGCCUCAUGUUUGCCAGUGAUAUUGACGAUUUUUUAUGGCUUUUGAAAACAGGGACAAGAAGGAGACGCAAGAUGGCCGACACAGAGCAGAUGGCUGAAAAUCAGUCAAUAUCAACAGAUGAUGGCUCUAAGGAUAGCAAAGAUGACGAUUCAUUUGGAAUUGCUGCUGGAAAGAUCCCCGAUAACGCUUUUUUCUCUUCGAGUGCCCUGAAUCAAUCAUGUGGUGCGAACCAAGCAAGACUUCACAAACAGCCGCAAAAGGAAAAAUAUGGCGCAUGGACCCCCGUUUACAAUGAUAAGAAUCAGUUUUUGGAUAUAGAUCUUGGAGAGACCGUACAGGUUGGUGCCAUAGCAACACAAGGACGCCCGGCAUACACAGAAGACGGGGGUUGGUAUGUGGAAAGCUAUUCCUUGGCGUACGGCAAUGAUGGUGACAGUUUCCAGAAUCUCAGAGAGUAUGGUAUCUCGAAGGUUUUUGAAGGAAAUACCGAUUCGGAAACCGUCGUCAAAAACCAGCUGAAGAACGCCAUCAGUUGCAGAUACAUACGAAUAAAGCCUGUCACGUGGCAUAACCAUAUUGCAUUGCGCGUCGAAGUGUACAAACCGUCUGCUACUACUCAAAGUUCGAAAAAGCGCUCAACUCCCCAGAGACAAACUUCGAAAGGGUCAUCAUCACGUGGUGUACCCAGGACAGCUAACAGAGACAAUGCAAGUAAACCGGUGCUAGAAAGUAUUACUCUGGAUGCAAAACAGGGACUGCCAAGGAGGCCAAACGAAGCCGAACAGAUUAGUGUUGCUGAUUCAGUCCCGAGACCGGAUUCGAAAGAAGUUCUUGUUUUGAACGACAAAAGACCGGACCCGGAAAUUCAUGUAAAAGUUUCCGAAAACGGACUGAAAGAUCAAAACACUGGUGAUGACAAUAAAAGCAGUUUUGAGAUUAUAGAACCAGAAGAUUUGCAAAUGAAGAGUGGAUUGUUGCUGUCGGAAAAAUCAUCAACAGAAGGUGAUGAUUCAAUGGAAGAUGAAGGGAGCUUUGAGAAGAUAAACCAACCGGAAAUGAUACCAAUCGUUAGUGUCCGGAAUCAAGCAAACGUCUUUGAAAAUCGACCGGAAGUCGAAAAAACUGCUCCGGCUUUCCGUGCGAUGACAAAAGGUGGCUCGGCAGUAUCUACUCGUGAUGGAUCAAAAUUUAUUGGCAAGAUAAAGCUUGUCAAGCGUGAGGAGCCGGAGGAGGACUCUAACCAGGAUGAUAAACCAGUCGAAAAAAAGGAACCGGAAUAUGUGUUACCGGAUGCUGUGAAGGAGCGGCUGGUUAACUAUCAAGAAGUUGUAUUGCGGAAGAAUGGCAGCAGAGAAGAUUUAAGCAAACGCAAAUCACUGGUUCUCGAAGCAGACUUGAAGUAUCGAGAAGAAAUGGAAUCAAGUGUGCUUGACCGAUUGAAAGUUUUCAAAGACACCGAAAGCAAAUGCAAGGAGGAUUUAGAGUUGUCCAAGCAGGAAGAGGAGAAAAGGCUUUCCCUGAAACGCGAAGCCGAGAAAAGAAGGUCUCUUGCGUUGCAAAAGGAGAAAGAACGGAUGCUUGCGAUACUUGAGAAGCAGAAAGAGGAAGAAGAAGAACAGAGACGGAAACAAGAAGAGGCUAAGGCCGAUGAGUUCGUCGAAAUCAAUGCGGGAGUGCUUAGUUUUGAGCCUGUAGUUAACGAUCGUCUUAAGUUGUUUAAAGAGAGCGAGCGACAGGAAAAAGAAAAGCAAGAGGCAUUAAAAGAGGAGGCUGAAAAAAAGAGAAUUGCAAAAGAAACUGCCGAAAGAAAACGAGAGCUAGCUAUCCAGCGCGAAAAAGAAAGGCUGCAAGAGCUGAUGAACAAGAAACAGGAAGAGUUACGACUGAUGAAUGCCGAUCAAAGUUCAGAAUCUAACAGUGCUAACGGAGAAUACGAAGAAGAACCACCGGUGCCCGCCAUUGUUCACGAUCGCAUAAAGAUGUUUAAAGACAGCGAGAGGGCAAGCAAGGAAAGACAAAACGCACUACUUCUUGAAGCAAAAAACAAGAGAGCUGCGGAGGAGGAAGCGGAGCGUUCUAGAAUCUUAGUUGAGCAGCAACCUAAAAAGAUUAAUGAAGAAGUUGAAAAAGAAGCAGAAACUGACAAGAAAGGAAUAUUUGGCGAAGAGAGGCAGAAUGAAGAGGAGGUUGUAGUUGCCGUAGAGGAUUUGAAUGUUGAAUCAGGGAUUAGUUUUGAUUUUAUGGAAGAAAAUGGUGGUGAUGAGCUUGAUAGAAAGAAUCAGGAGGAUCAUGUAGAUCAAGUUGUCAUUAAAGAUAAAAACGAUAAUAAUAACGACGAAAUGGAUUUUCAGAAGAGGCUGGAGAGCAUUGACACCCAUCACGACGGCUAUGAUCCGGACCAUGAAAGAAGAAUGCUGGAGGAGGCCGAAGCAGCUUUUAAGAGCUUUGCCACGCACCAGAAAGGCGGAACUAAACCAAAGCGAUCUGCCAAGACAGAGAGUCUCAUUAAGUCAUUCACAACUCCUGGCGACGUGCAGCCUGCAUGCAAAACUCCAACUAGUUUGAAUGACGUAGCAGAGAGGAAGGAGAAAAAGCAGAGCCUUGAGGAACACGUAAUUUCAGAAAAACAAACGGAUAUACAUGUAAUUCCAGUUGACAAAGCCAAAGCCGUUGAUGCGACGAGGCCAAGUGACGCCUCAAGUGAGAAGAAUGUAUGUCUUUCUGGCCUUGUAAAGGAAAGAGCUGGAAUUUUUUCUAAGAACAUGCCCCCCGUAGCAGUACAUAAAACAGAAACUCCGCAUGCCAACGUCAAGAAGUGGAUUGCCUCGCAAAAUCAAAAUUGUGCAGAAAAUGGCGAUGAAGAGCGAUCUCUACUCAAUUCCCAAUUGGAAGAAUUGGAAAGGAAAUCUGCGCGUACCAACGAGAUGAUCGAGAAAUGCAGGCAGCAGGGUGACGAUGAAGGAGCCUUGGAAUUCGAGGAAGAGCUGCACUGUACUUUACUUGAAAUAUCAAAAACGAAACGAAAGCUUUUGAAGGUUGAAAAGGAACAUGGAGGAACGAGACAGCUGGUACACAGUUUUUCUGUGAGUUCUGAGUCGCGGUCGAUUCCUGAUGAUAAUUUAAGCGACAAGGCAUCUGCAGCAUCACGUUCGCAAAAGGGAAGCAGCUCAACAAAAUUAUCGAAAGAGUGUAAAGCGCCCGUGGACAAAGAGCCACCACCAGUCGAUGCAAGUUCGUUCAAUGACGGUGGAGAAAUAGUGGUUGAAGGCAAUGUGUUUUCCCAAAUAAAGACUUAUGAAGAAGAAAGUACCAGGCAGCGAAAGAAAAUGGCCGAAAUUCGCAAGUCGCUAAGUCUUAGUCGCUCAUCUUUGGAUAUAUAUGAAAACCCCCCACCAAUGGGCUUUGGGGGACCCGAGUUUGCCAAGGACAAAUCUAAGUCUUCCAGAGAAUGCAAAUUGCCAAGAGACAACCCGGCUCCAGCUGUCGAAUACGAAAAAUUCAAUGAUGAUGGAGAUUGCGUGCCGGAGGGCAACGUCCACAACAGAAUGCAGCUUUUUUCAAGCAAAUAGAAAUGGGACGUCAAGCUACGAAGGAGCGUAAAAUGUCCAUGAGGAAUCGCGUCUUGCGUCAGACAAAACGAGGUGACUUUAGCUCUUAAAAUUGUAAUUUUUAAUCAACCUUAAAUUCGCGCUUGAAUUUCAAUCAAAUUUUUCAAUUAUUCUUAUUGAUAAUAAUUUUCUAAAUGGGAAUUUAGAUGCACCUUUUCACAAAUUAAAACAAAUAUAGCGUAUUGACGUGUUCGGAAUUAAAGGCUCUUUUAUAUAUAUAUGGCUGUUUGUUGCCGUUGGGAAGGAGUAGUAGCGUAGCCAAGGCUACGAGAUAGUGGAAAGGAUAGCAAUAUAAAUUUUUGCCACCUCUGAAAACGUUUUAGGCUGUUCUUUAUUAAUAAGCUUGGUUUAUUAAUAAAUUUGCAAGGCUUGUAGAUAGGUUCUCAAUUUUUCAAAUCUAGAAAAACUUCCAAACAAUAUGAUAAAUUUUUAUUUUUUGUGGAGGUUACCUUUAUGAAUUUAUCAGCAAAAUCAACCUGAAAAUUAGGGUCUAAUGACAGUGAAUUGUGACGGCAGAUUCCUUGUACCCCCUGGGGGGCACUUAUCUUCAAGAGGACAUUAAUGUUCGGGGUCACUUGCAAUACAAGUCUUUAAUAUCCUGUUGACCUUUUCCUUUUUGAUGUCACUUUUUAAUAUCCUGUUAUCCUGUUACAGGGCCCGCACCACCGAUUCUAAAGUAGGGGGGGGGUCAAAAAGGGUGUUACCUAUUUAAUACCUAAAAGGGUGAUUCAAUACCUAUAGUUAGCAAGAAAAGUAGGGAAGGCCGUGCUCCCCCGGCCCCCCUGUAUCGCGGGCCCACUGUUGCCCACAACUUUUGGAAAACCCUGUUCUCUGAGUGACCCAGAAAAUUCUCUUUGUGACCCCCGUAGCGACCCCUCAUUCCCCUCCUUGAUGUUGUUUUUGUGCUCAUGCGAGUACACUGAAAACAGAAUUCCGAACCGGAGGGUUACCACAUUGUUAGUGGAAUGCACAGUAACUUCGACCAUUUUCUGCAGACCUUGCAGUCAUGUACCCGCAAAUCCCGCAGCCGUUUCCCGCAAAUCCCGAAGCCGUUUCCCGCAGGUCCCGCAGCCGUUUCCCGCAUAUCCCGCAUUUUCACUACGUUGAUAUUCAUCAAUAAUUCGAAUAUAUUUUGAUCGAACUGAUGUGAAUAUAAAUUUUUAUACAGCCUAGUUUUAUAUUUAGUAGAGAGUAGUAAAUUUACGGGGGUUAAGUAUAUAAUGCAUUGAAGUAGA